ACAGUUUUCACGAAUGUCAUUUGAACCCGAGGCCCAAAAUUAUCAGUACUUCAUAGGAGUAGGAACACUCAGGAUACAGUUGACUCUAAAAUACAAAAUAACUUAGGUAGAUUUUUAUAUUUUUUAGUGCUGAGCAAAUAUGGAGACGUCCAUCCAGGUGCCCAAGGAGCUGGAGUCGCUGCUGAGCUGCGGCCUGUGCAAUCGUGUCUAUGAUCUGGCCACUAAUGUGCUGCCCAGGGAGCUGAUCUGCCGACACAGCUACUGCGAAGAGUGCCUGGCCAGAAGCACCCUCUGCGACCCGACGCAGUGCAUCUGUCCACUGUGCGGAAUUCGCACAGAGUUGUAUGGCCAGAAGCUGCCGGAAUCGGUAGCCAUCAUGUACCUACUCCGUGAGCUGCCCGCUUUGGUUUUGGGUCGUGCCAUGUUGGAUUUCUCGGAGGGCAAUAGCCGGUCCAUCGAAGUGGCUGGCGAGCAACCGGAGUCGCAGUCAGAGAACUGGCUGGACGAGAUCUGUGUGGACAGCUUCUUGGCCACCAGUGCCGAGCACUGUUUCAUCCAUGCCAUGCCCAACUCCACUUGGUGUCACGAUUGCCAGCGUUUGCUGUGCCGCGCCUGCUCAGAUGCCCCCACUCAUCGUGAGCAUCGACUGACCCACCAGUUGGACUACCAUGAGCUUCUGCGCCAACUGCUCGACUCGGAGCUGGCCAAGAUCAAGGGAACUGCUUUGCAGGCCACCGAAUUGGCCAACCGCGAGAUGGACCUGCUGCGCCAAAUGUGCGAGGCCUGCUUUCACGUUCAAUUGCAUGUGAAGCGCAUGAUGCUGGAGCACGAGCCCAGCAUUAUUUCGGCCACAAUGACCGGUUGGCAGCGACGCGCCGAACAGGAGCUAAAUAGAUCCGUCGGAAAUCUCACUGGAGCCAAUUUGCUACAGGUACUCGCUCAGUUGGCCCAACAACGCCGCAAAUUCGAGGUGCAGCUGGUGGAGGUGCACUUCCAAUGCAGAAUGCGUGCCGCAGUCCAGGAGAACGGCAUGCAGAUCCUGGAUUUCGAGCAUCUAAACGACAGGAUCCUGCGACUGCGAAAUCAGCCACGUCCCGGCCCCAUUCCCGCCAAUGUGGAGCCACCUCAGGCUUUGAUCCUCACCAACUACUGUGUGUUUGCCUAUUGGAACGCGGUGCAACGCCAGAUGAUUCCUCCGCGCGUGAGGACUCCGCCAUCGGAGCCUGAAUUGUUGCCGCAAUCCGGCAGAGCCGUGGUGCCACCGCACUUCAAUCACAGCCUGCAGGAGGCAGAGCUUAGCCAGCAAAUGCAGCAGGUGGAACAGGAUCAGGAUCGCCUAAUUAAUUUGGCCGCCGAGGAGGAUUCACCAGGCUCCUCCUACUCGCAGAGCAGCAGCAAUAGCGACAGUCAGAGCAGCUUGUCCGCGGGACCGCAAGUAUACACGUAUGUUUUAGUUCCGGGUCAGCAUGGAAUGGUGCCACAAUUUCAGGAUCAAAUGUGGCAAGGGCCAUAUGAGGUGCAGGAACAACCACCACCACUGUUACAACAUCAGUUUCAAGCGGACAACGCCUGGUUGAACGGGCAGCAGAACCAGAACCACAAUCAUGUCCAAUCCCCGCCGGUGGGCAUUGUGGGCCAGCCCUCCGCCCACUUUUACCCCAUCUACUUUCUGGACAUGGAGAUAGCAGGCGAACUGGCCGGACGCGUACUGAUCGAGGUGCGAUCGGAUGUCGCUCCGCGGAUGGCGGAAAACUUUAGGGCGCUGGUGCGGCACGAACGGGGCUAUGGCUACCAGGGAUGCGCCGUUUUCCAGGCCUGGGGACGCGAGAGCAUCAUCACCGGGGACUUCGAGACGCACAAUGGACGCGGCGGUCACUCGGCCUUUGAGAAUAGAUACUUCAUGCCGGAUGAGACAGGAUUACCGGCACGGCGCGGCACAGUGGGCAUGCGAAGGGGACAGAGGCGACAGGACAGAAGUGGAUUGGUGGGCAGCCAGUUCCGUUUGGUGCUCAACGAGAUGCGUUCCUUCACAGCCAUCUUUGGUUACAUUGUGCAGGGCAUCGAGUUGGUGGACAGGAUCGCAGCCAGUGGCAAUGCUUUGGGUCGACCUUCCCUGAGGAGCAUCAUCCGGAAUUGUGGCGAAUACCAAUUAAACAAUUAAAAAAAAAAAGGGAGACUGACUGAUCCACUAGCCAAAUCAAAUUCCCUUCGAAAGCCCACAAACACUAGCCACCCGCACACUUAAAAUGAACAAGUCUCUCUCUAAGAUCAUGUCUCUCUCUAAUUCAUGGCUUAUAAAUCCACUAAUCUUGCUACGAAUUUUUGUAAAAACGAACACCCCUCGGAAUUAUUUAUACAAAGCAUACAAUGAGAGCCAGUAACGGAAGCCAAUUGUUUUUGUAACACACAGACUAAUGAAAUUUUUAUAAACAAUUUACAAAUCGAACAAACGUUUUGGAGGCUAUUUAAAAAAAAAAUAUAAAAAAGAAAGAAACUACUUUAUCAGUGACAUUUAAAUAAUUAGUAUCACGGACAAGGUUGAAAUCGUAUUAAAACCUUGAUAAGCUUUUGAUAUAUUUCUUAAGGAUUCAAAGACACACUUAAUUGGUGUUUAAGCGCUACGACGUUACCUGGACAUAGUAAAUUAGCUACAAUAAAAUAAAACGAAAACUAAACAUAGUCUCAUCAAAAUUCAAACCAAGAAAUAGGUGAAAUCAGAAUA